AUGGCCACCCUGGGCCACCCCUUGGUGGCGCCCCUGGGCACAAUGGAAACUUCAGCGCGUUCAGAAGAACUUCAAGAACUUGCGCACGACCUGGGCUACUCUUUCAGGAUUCAAACUCAUUCUGAACAUAAUGAAGCCUGUUUUAACCUCGUACUCAUUGCAUGCGUUUUGCAUUUUACAUUAUCGACAGUACAUAAUGGACCUGUACUCCACACCAAACUGGGAGUCCUUAGGGGAGACUACAUGCGUGUUGGCGGAAAGACAACAGUGGUUCAUGCCUACCUGGGUGUGCCUUUUGCCACACCACCCGUGGGAAACCUAAGGCUGGCUCCACCACAGCCGUUGCAAGGAUGGGAGGGUGUCAGAGAUGCCACCCAGUUGCCUCCCAUGUGUGUACAAGAUAGAACGAUAACUGAUGGCCUAUUGGAGGCGGUCGGCUUAGUCAUGGAUCCACUUGAGGCAUCUGAGGACUGCCUAUAUGUCAAUGUCUACACUCCUGCUCAGCCUGCCAAAGAAGCAAAGUUACCUGUGAUGGUGUGGAUACAUGGAGGAGGGUUUAUUAUGGGGUGUGCCUCUAAUUUUGAUGGAUCUGUCCUGGCAGCAUAUCAGAAUGUGGUUGUGGUUACAAUUCAGUACAGGCUGGGCAUGCUGGGAUUUUUCAGCACAGGAGAUGAUAACGCCCCGGGAAACCUGGGCCUUUUGGACCAGGUAGCAGCACUGGAGUGGGUCCAAAAGAACAUCCACAGCUUUGGGGGAGACCCAUCCUCCGUCACAAUAUUUGGAGAGUCCGCAGGGGGUGUUAGCGUGUCAUUGCUGGUUCUUUCCCCGCUAAGCACCGGCCUUUUCCACCGUGCCAUAGCAGAGAGUGGCACAGCAGACCUCGUUGGCCUCAUCAACACUGAUCCUCUGACCACAGCAAAGAUUGUGGCCAAUGUAUUAAACUGUGAGGGCACCAAACCAGACCAGAUUGUGGAUUGUGUGAUGCGGAUGUCAGUGGAGGACAUUGUGAAGUUUUCACAGGAGCAUCCAAUGGCGCGCUUUCAAGUGGUGUAUGAUGGCUUUUUCCUACAAAAGGCAGUGCCAGACCUUCUUAAGUCUCAUGAGUUCCAAAAGGUGCCAUUAAUGAAUGGUGUUAACAACCAUGAAUGUGGCUGGAUGCUGCCUAGUAUUCAGGAGCACCAGUUUUUGCCUAUGAGUUCCAGCACCCCCAGCAUGUUUGUGAAGAAACGUGCCAGCUUUGUGGGAGCGGACCACGGAGAUGAGAUCGUCUUUGUAUUUGGAGGCUGCUUUUAUAACGGCCUCCUCAAGAUGAAUGGCUCUUUUACCGAGGAGGAUGAUGAGCUGUGUAGAACGAUGAUGGCAUACUGGGGAAACUUUGCACGCACCGGAUCCCCCAACGGGCCUGGUUUAACCCAUUGGCCAGCAUACGGUGCCAGGGAGCAGUAUCUGGGCAUCGGGGUGAAGCAGCAGGUGGGAUACCAGCUGAAGGCUGACCGCUACGCCUUCAUAACCCGAACACUGCCAGAGAAGAUCCAGGAGAUGAAACAGCACCAGCAGCGCACUGAGCUCUAGAGGGACCAACUACCCAUCUGCCUCUGAUCCAAUCCCACUCGUUUGGGCCACACCACUCGUUAUGGCACUGAUCCAAUCCCACUCGUUUGGGCCACUUGUUAUCGCACUGAUCCAAUCACACUUGUUUGGGCCACACCACUCGUUAUGGCACUGAUCCAAUCCCACUCAUUUCAGCCACACCACUUGUUAUGGCAGCAGAUCCAGUGUCUGCAGCAUUCCAGAAGCACUUAUAUAAUGGACUCCUGAAAAACUUGAAUUCAAUAAAAAUAAAUCUUUAUCUAUGAAAAUUGUAAAUCCAGUUUCCAGAAUCAAAAGCAAUA